UGGGCGUCCCGUGGUGUUGGUGGUAGUGGUGGAGGCGCGCGCGAUCCUCCUCUAGUCUCCUCCAGUCCUCGUUACUAUCCCGACGCAAAACGGGAGCAACCUUUCUAUCUCUCAUUCUCUCUCUCAUUACUACUACUAAUACCAUUCAAUAAUAAUAAUACAAGUCCUCCUGCUGCUGCAACAACAACAACAAAAUUUGGUUGGUUUCACUUUAGUGGAUUACAGUCAGAACCCGAAGAACAAGGAUAUUUCAGUCAGUGCUUGUGGUUGGUAUGGAGGAGGAAAACGCGGAGAAGACGAUGGCCACGACGUCGACGUCGGUCACGCCGUUCUCGAUAAACGACAUCCUCAGCAGGAAACCACCCCAUCACCUGGGAUUGGAUUUUAACCAGGAGACGGCACUCGAUAUGAGAAAGUCCGCGAGGGAAUUCAACGAAUUCGCAACGUUUUCGACGAGUUCAGGCUUUGGACACGGGGGCUCACAGCAGCAGCAACAUCAGCACCAAUUGGAGGAUCAGUCGAGGGAGUCGUCAGCCGGAGGGGCUUUGGGCCAAUCUGGACGCAAGAAGAGGUCGCGCGCGGCCUUUACCCACGCGCAGGUCUUCGAGCUGGAACGCAGAUUCAGCCAGCAGCGGUAUCUGAGCGGACCGGAACGAGCCGACCUGGCGCAAGCAUUGAAACUCACAGAGACCCAGGUCAAAAUCUGGUAUCAGAACCGACGAUACAAGACGAAGAGAAAGGCUCUUCAGCUGCAGGAAUCGAACCUGCUCUCCGGACACCACCACCAUCAUCAUCACAACCACCAUCACCAUCACAACAACAACAACAAUAAUAACAACGCGAGGAAGGUGGCCGUCAAGGUGCUAGUCAAAGACGACGUGCCGAUGUUCCAAAAACCGAAAGACCUCUACGUCUACGAACAACUCACCAAGUCGCACAAGAACAUGCUCAGCCUCUGUCAGCAGUACAACACCUCAAUGCAGCUCUUCCCGUACUUCAAUUACUACCAUCCGGCGUCUCUGGUCACCGCUGGUCAAGAGGAAGACACUGAAAGUCCAAAAAUUACAAAUUAGUCACAACAUUAGUUUUAGUUUUUACCUCAACAAUUUCGUGCAAUAACAACAACAACAAACAAACAAACAAGAUGCACUCUUGCGUAUACGUAAUUAGUUUUUAGGAAGCGUACGAUUUAUCUUUAGUCCUAUAUUUUUUUGUACAUAACUGUUGUAAAUAUUUAUUCCCCCUUAAUCUCUCUCUAUU